UCUCAGUGAAACUCACGGAGGACCGUUCCCCGACAAGUAGUACCUUCCCCCUCCUCGUCAGCGACGCGUGCACCAUGAGGAUUAUAUUGCUGGUAAUCCCGGCGUGUCUGCUCGCCCUAACGGAAGCGCGGCGAGUGCAGAUCCGGCCUCGCGUGACGGAGCCUCAAGUGUACUACGAGGAAGAGGACAAUCAGGCCGCCGAGGACGAUUUCGACACCGUAGCGGUUUAUCAGCCGCGCACCCGCGCGCUUCCUUCGCCACGGUCUAAGGACGCGCUGCACGGGUCGAAGCCGCCGCCGGUGCAGACAAUCAGGAACUACAAUAAGGUUAACGACGACGGAUCCUUCACCUUCGGCUACGAGGCGGCCGACGGUUCCUUCAAGGAGGAGACCCGCGGCACCGACUGCGUCGUACGCGGCAAAUACGGCUACAUCGAUCCGGACGGCAAUAAGAGAGAGUUCACCUAUGUCUCGGGCAACCCCUGCGAUCCGAACGCACCCAAGGAAGAAGAGGAAGAGGAAGAGGAAGAAAAGGAGGAACUUCCUGGACGGGCGAAUUAUCCUGUCGUCAGGCCUGUACCUCGACCUGUGAGGCCGACGUAUCAGCCGACCACUACUCGUGCGCCCACCACGAUAUUCCAGUCCGAGUAUCAGCUCGACGACGAUGCCAGCCAGGAACUGACCGAGGACGACCUCAAGCCGCAGCUGCGGCCGUCAGCCUUCAGAAGACCCACGACCAUAGUGCAGGUCACGCCCUCCACCGCCAUUUACGAAUCUUCGCCGUCUCCCACUCCGUCUCUCUUUAGGUUAGCUUCCACCCCUGCAGCCCAAUAUCAGACCACCGCGUCGCCCGUCCUCCGUAGUCAGCCGACAGUCACCUCGAACGUCUAUCAGUCGCUCGAGACGACCACCCGCCGACCGGUGACCCGCCAUCCCAGGCCCCAGUCGGUUGCGAUAACCCCACGACCCCACGUCGCCCAAGUAGCCGCGCAAUACGUCUCCCCUAGUAGCACCGAACGUCCCGGCAGUCUGCUCUACGCCCAGACCCACCCCACGAUAUCGCCGUUGCGCACCACGACCUCCGCUAGUGCGCCCCACCUCGACUUUGCCGCAGAGCUCGAGCGUUACGUGAACACGGUCGGCUCGCACGUAUCCGCCGCGAGGCCCCAGAGCGCCCAAGCCUCGCCCCAAACCUCGAGAGUUAAGUUGACCGGUCAGACAUCGGUCACCGCCGCAUCCGCAGCCGCUGAGCCCAUCUACCAAUCGGAGCUCGUGUACGAUCCCGCGACCGGUCAGUACAAUACCCAGCUUUAUCAGACACUGCCCCAAACCGUGGGUGACUUUAGCCUCAGUCACAAACUCCAACCGUUCGUAGCCCAGCCCCAGUCCCUGCUCGGUCUGCAGCAGCUGCAACAGUACCACCAGCAGGCCCAGCGUCCGGUCUAUAAGCAGGCCCAAUCGGCACCCACCCCGACCAUAGCCCAGCCCCAGGAGGUACUCUAUAGGAAGCAGCAGGCGCAGUUGUUGCAGCAGUCCCAGCAUCUCUACGCGCAGCAGCAACGCCGCCAGCAGCAGCAGCAGCACCAGCAGCAGCAGCAACAACCUCACAGGCUCCAGCUGCUGGAGUCGCAGAGAGAACCCCAGGCGUUCUAUUACGUCGCGCCCCUGAAGGCCUCCUCCGCCACCUCGUCCCUCUCAGUAGGUCAGAUCGAUCAGUUUCUCCGAGGUAGCGCCGCCAAUAAUAACUACUGAUGCGCAUCAAUCUGAGUCGCGAUUCCUAAGAGAUCUCCCUCGGAUCCUCGAAUCGCCCCUCGUCGAUAUUUAUCAUUCGGUAUUGCCUCGAGCGUCCCUCGCGGGCUAGACCAUCGAGGAUCUCGGCGCCGGUUUACUUAUCAUCAAUGUCGGCCCGAUGCGUACACAGAGGGUAUUACAAUAUAAGUAUAUGCAUUAUAUAUAAAGUAUAUAUCUCACGUGUGGUAGCGCCGAAGUUAUGGGAUAUACGAAGUGUAUCUCGCCGAGUGAAUGGCGCACACGAGUGCUUCGAGCUGCACGCGUUGCACGCGGGGGAGGGGGGGAAUGCGUGUACGGUAUAUAUUUAAAUAUAAUCGGCGCGACGCGAGAAAGGCGCGCGAACAUAGUUACGAUGAAAAGUAUCGCGGAUAACAGAGGCCGCAGAUUUUUACCGUCACCGCGCGUCGCAGAAAACGCGAACUUUCCGAUAAGCGUAUUCAAAGUUUACUUAUUACGAACGGGAUCUCGCGGGUUUUCCGGUAAUUUUCAUUUUACAGUAACGUGGGAUCUUCCGAAUUACCUUGUUCUCGAUAGCACUUUCAUACUUUAGUCGUAUGUAAUUGUGUAUA